AUGGAUACAUCUUCGAAUUCACCGGGACUGAAGCGGAACUCGAAUGAUGUUGGAUGGGAAUACGGAUCUCUCUGUGACCCGAAAAACCCAGAUAGGCUUAAAUGCAAGCUGUGUGGGAAAGAAAUGGGAGGAGGUGUGUACAGGAUCAAAGAACACAUAGCUCACCGUAAAGGAAAUGUCACACCUUGUCCAAGAUCUACAAAAGAAGAUCAGUCCAAGUGUAUGAAAGCGGUCAUGGAAUCAAUCAACAAGAAAAAGAAAAAGAAAGGAGAAGCUGGUGAUGUAGUGGAUGCUGAUUUGGAAGCAAAUCUUGAAAGUUCGAAACUUUCUACGUUUCAAGGUCCAGUGGAUAAGUUUGUGACGGGUGUUACAGAGCAAGAAGAGACUAAUAGUAUGCAUGUGGUGCAACAAACUUGUGCUAGAUGGUUGUAUCGGUCUGGUGUUCCUUUUGAUGCUGUUGAGAGUGAUUCUUUUAGGUCGUUUUGUGAAGCGUUAGGGAGAUUAGGACCUGGUUGGGUUCCUCCGAGUCAGUGUGAGUUGAGGGAAACGUUGUUGAAGGAAGAAGAGGAAGCAGUUAAGGAGAAGCUAAAGAGUCUAGAGGGAGAAUGGGAAGAGAAUGGUUGUUCUAUCUUGAUGGAGACAUGGAGUGACACAAAGAAGAAGAAGAAGAAGAUGAUGAGUUUGUGUGUCAAUUCGAGAGGAGGGACGUGUUAUCUUUCUUCGAAAGAGACUCUUAAAGAAUCUGAGACUGGUGAGUUUAUCUUUGAGUACGUAGAUAAAUGCAUGGUAGAUGUUGUUGGCGCUGAGAAAGUUGUUCAAGUGAUUACAGACAGUGCAGAGAACAAUUUAGCAGCGGCAAAGAUGUUGAAAGAGAAGAGACCGGGGAUAUUUUGGUCAUGUUGCGCUGCUCACACAUUGAAUUUGAUGCUUGAAGACAUUGUUAAGCUGCCAAAGAUCUCAGAGUACAUUGAUAAAGCUAAGGCUUUGACCAUGUUCAUAUAUGCUCAUGAGGAAACCUUGGAUAUGAUGAGAGAUUACACUAAAGAAAGAGAUGUUGUGAGACCUGGAGUCACAAGAUUUGCUACAACUUUCUUGACUUUGCAGAGCUUGUUGGAGAAGGAACAACAUCUAAAGUCAAUGUUUGUUAGCAGUGAUUGGAGUAGAUGCAAAGAUUCCAAGUAUUUAAAGGGUAGAAGUUCUUACUAUACCUGCUUGAGUCCUGCGUUUUGGAACGGGAUCUCGCGAGCUGUGAAGCUUUUAGAGCCUUUGGUGAAAGUUCUUAGGAUGGUUGAAGGAGAGAAAAAAGCUUCAAUGGGGUUUAUCUAUGGAGAAAUAGUAGAAGCCAAAAGAUCUAUCAAAGCUGCUGCUAAUGACUUGGAAAGGUACUACAAACCUAUCUUUGAGAUCAUUGAUGAGAAAGUUAAAGGUAGAUUGGAUUCUCCAUUGCAUUUGACUGCCUACUUGUUAAACCCUUUUUACUUCUACAACGAACCAACCGUUAAGCUGGAUGAGAAACUCAUGAAUGGCUUUCUCAGUUGUGUUGAGACUUUUUACCAUGGUGAGUUUGAGAAACAGGAUCAAGUCGUUAACCAUGAGUUUAGAGAUUAUCGAGAUAAGCUUAAGUUGUUUGGAAUACCUUUGGCUUUGAGAGGAUGUGAAAAGAAUAAGGACGAGUUUAAUCCAGGGAAUUGGUGGUCAUUAUACGGAUCUCAUGUGCCUAAUUUGGCAAUGCUAGCGAGAAAGAUUCUCUCUUUAGCUUCUAAUUGUCAACGAAACUGGAGUGUUUUUGAAGAGAUUCACAAGAGUGAGAGGAAUACACUAGACGCUGAUCAAAUGAACAGUCUUGUGUUUGUUCAAUUUAAUUCGAAGCUGUUCAACGAGCAAAAGAGGAUCAAAGAGGAAAAUUUGGAUGUGCUCGUGGGUGGUGAUGAGGAAAAUGUAGAGGAGUGGUUUGUUGAGUUGGAUCAAGAUGGAGAAGAAGAAGUUAUUGAUGAAGAUGAAGAUGGUGAUUCUGCUUUCCACUUUGUGUUUGAAUCAGACGAUGAGCUACUGUAA